AUGGAUCACACGGGAUCGCCACCCUCAAAUGGCACUGGGCCAAUCCCUGCUAUGUAUGCUACAAAUACACCCAAUACAUCAGUAUCCUUCCGCAAUGUGCGACCGUUGCAGACCGCGUUCAAGACCAACGGUCUCGUAUCGAAGAAGCGGCGCAGUCUAGGUGGUGAUGUUAGCUUGUCUGAUAUUUGCCGUUCAGGUAAUGACUCAGAUGCGAAAGGUCCAGAGCCAAUGCGCUCUGCACCGUUGCUUUCUGUCUCGGAAACUGGUGCUGACCAGCCCGCUGUGAUGGCUCGCCCCCUGCGUGAGGUGGUCGAAGCUGCGAUGGCCAACCGUUCUUUCAGUGCUGCUUGUCCACAUCAUGCGGCCACCAUGCCAGAUACCCCAAUGAAGCCGUCCUUUGGAAUGAACACAGCGGCCACGACCGUGCGCAUGCAUCGACGAGGAUGCUCGAUGGGUGGCGCAUUCCCAUCGCAUUCUCCCCUCUUCUUAACCUCCCAGCGCUCUCCCAGCGUGUCUAUGCAGCCCUUAGCUCCGCAGUCGGAGAUGCGACCCACCCAUGGCCGCACACAAUUGCGUCGCAGUCGGCAUAUGCGCUCUGUCAGCGAGCGCAUUGCCAUGCCGCGAGACAUGUUUUCCCUCGGACCGCCCAGACGCCUUGAAGACGCUGAUGAUGUGUUUGAUUCGCCCAACAAAUCACCGAUCAGGACAAUGCCAGACUCGGCUAUGCAAGAUUCACUACCGGCGCUGCGGUCAGAGCAGCCGACGCAAAGCUCGCGAUGUGCGGGAUUUGCACCCGUGGGCCUAACACAGAAUGAUCGAUCUUUUGAAGAUGUGCCCCCUCCUGCGUCGCCGCUUGAGUCUGGUUUCAGCGAUAGCGGACCGUCGUCGAUGGACUCGCCCAACAACCUGUUUUCUGCGCGAGCAUCUGGCGAGCCCCGGCAAUCGACACCACAGUGGCAUGCCAAUGAAAGUCCGCCUCAUCCGGUUCCUUUUGAUGCUUCCAGUAUUGCGCGUCCGUCUCGCGACUAUACGCGGGCCUGGGUGGAAAACACUCCUACAGGCGCACGUGGUCCUGCAGGGGCUUUGCUUUCGAUCCCGAGCGGUCAAGACGAGCUCCUGGAGGGUGCUCCCGACACUCCUACUCGCAAACAAUUGAAGUGGUACGAGGCUGCUCAGUCGCCGCUGCCCCAAAAAAUGCACAAAGACAAAACGCGACCGCGGCACUCGCAACCUGUGCGUUUCAGCACGCCUGCUCGACCUAGUGUCAAUGUGCUAGGGUAUAGCGCACCAGCUGCGCGAUACCGCGAGUCCCGCACUAGCCAGUUUGAAGAGCACUUUGUUGUGGAUGGUGUCUUGGGAGCGGGUGAGUUUAGUGAAGUGGUGAAGGUGCGUGAGAAAGCUACAGGGUACGUAUCUGCCGUCAAGCGCAUGAAGCGGCCCUUUCUGGGUCCCAAGGAUCGGGUACGUCGACUGGAAGAAGUCGAUGUGAUGUGUCUGCUGAAGCAGCGUCGCAGCACCUGGACAAACAGUUGGUUUGGUGCCGAAGGGGUAGUUGAUCUACUGGAUGCCUGGGAAGAAGAGGGCUUUCUCUUCAUCCAGACAGAACUGUGUCCGCUAGGUUCCUUGGCAUUUGUCCUAGCCGAGUAUGGACGCCAGGUGGGUGCACUGGAUGAGGCCCGUCUGUGGAAAGUUUUGGCGGAGCUCUCAGCAGGUAUUGACUUCAUCCAUCGGUGUGGUGUGUUGCACCUUGACUUGAAGCCCGCCAAUAUCCUCAUUACUGAGGUCGGCACUCUGAAGAUUACUGACUUUGGCAUGGCGACGCGUUGGCCACGUUGUACGGCCCAGGAGGUUCUGGCAGGCGCACACCUGGAGACCCACAAGUUUCUUCCGCAGGAAUUGUCGGACACGUCUCAGUCACCCUCACUACAGGGCAUGAUGCCUGGUGCUGCGGCAGUGCAACACCUCCCGCGACGCAUGACGCGCAGGCGUCACUCAAGUCCUAUAAUGGUCAUGGAGCGCGAGGGCGAUCGCGAGUACAUUGCGCCUGAGGUCAUCUUUGAGUCCAAAUACGGCAAACCUGCCGACAUCUUCAGCCUAGGUUUGAUAAUGCUCGAAGCGGCGUGCAGCGUAGAGCUUCCUGACAAUGGCGAGCCGUGGCACAAAUUGCGAUGCAAUGAUUUUUCGGAUGUCAACCUGGAGAGCCUGAGCCCAGCGAUGCAGACGAUGAUUACAUCCAUGCUGCAGUCCAAUCCGAGUAUUCGACCCACAGCGACAGAGAUUGUUGAUAUGCCAUCGCUAGCUGUGGUUCGUGCCUGGAUGUGUCGUGGUCUUCAAGCCAACGAGCUGGAUCAGCUUCCAUCGCUAGGCUCCAGCGACGGCCCUGCGCCACCCUCGCUGUACCCCCUACCGCCAUCCAAUUAUUACGAGCCACCACAUAAUGGCGUGCUUGGAUCAGAUCGUAUGGUGGUACGAAUCCGUGGCUCGAUGAUUCAAGAAGACGAGGUGGCAUUUUUGGCCGAAGUCCUGCAAGCGGCGGAUGCGCGCGACACGUCCCCUGAUACAUCGACAUCGCUCAUGACCGAAGACUCGAUCCAGCCGGAGGCGCCGAGCCUACCCAUGUCGCCUGUCGUGCAACCCUAUGCACCUGUACUGCUUUCUCAUCCAAGAUCCUUUGUGGAUGGGUCGGUAUCCACCGUUAUGGACAUUGACAAAGCGCUUCCCCUAGAUCGCUCUUUGUAA